AUGGCUUCCCACGAGCAAGAGGACACCAUGCCUGAGGAGACUCAAGGCUACAAGCUCUCCCAACCCAAGCAGAGUCUGGCCGAGUACCAGAAGAUGGGCAUGCGUCGCAUGAUGCAGCGGCGCAACCGUAACAACGCCCUCAUCAACCGGAACUCCAUUGAGCUACCCCCUGCCCCCCUCUCAACUCCCUCGGGAUCGCGCUCUCAAUCGUUUAAGAUGACGGAGGAGAGACACCUUCACCGAGCCAGAGCCCUCUCACGCCCUGUCCCCCCCAACCCUCCCAACUCCCCCCGGCUCCAAGAGAACGUCCUCACUCAAGACCCAAAUCUCAUCCGGGACUUUUAUACAUCUCCCCUUGUUGUUAGGGCUGCACAUGGCCUGACUGUUUUUGAGCCUCUGGAAGAAUAUGAGAGGAGAGAUGAGUUGCCAACUAACAGGGCCCCAGACGAGAACGAUGAGUCUCUUCAGCGAUACAAGGAGUCCCUCGGCCUUGGCGGCGGCAAGGACCUUUCUGACGCAUCCGACCCCCGCGUGUGCAUCAUCCUGUCUCUCACAAUGGAGUCUCCCGGCCGCGACCCCGUCACCAUCGACCUGGCUGCUCCCGGCUCUGAGGCCACCCUCAAGGACAAGCCCUUCAAGAUCAAGGAGGGUGCCAAAUUCACCAUGGUCGCCAAGUUCAAGGUUCAGCACGAGAUUCUCAGCGGUCUGCAGUACGUCCAGGUCGUCAAGCGGAAGGGAAUCAAGGUCAGCAAGGACUCUGAGAUGCUGGGCAGCUACGCUCCCAACACCGACAAGCAGACCACCUACACCAAGCGCUUCCAAGAGGAGGACGCGCCCUCCGGCAUGCUGGCCCGAGGUCACUACAACGCCAUCUCCAGCUUUGUUGACGACGACAAGAAGACUCAUUUGACCUUUGAGUGGGCUUUCGACAUCGCCAAGGACUGGUAG